GUUUUUGGCCGGUUGAACAACUAACAACUCAAAGCAGAGGGGGAAAUUCAUUAAUAGGUUCUAAAGUUUAGUGUGAUAUUGAGGGGCACUGUUUACGAUGUUCCCUGCAACUGGGAAUUCUUGGUCUAUUAAUUUACAAAGCGUGUUGUUAGUUGAGAUUUAGUGGGGAAAAAAAUUUGGCAGUGUUUCGUGCCUGAAAUCGCCAUUUUCUAUUUCGCAUAUUCUUGGUCAUAUGCGACGUUAUCGGAAACCCAGUGAAGAACAGUAAACCGUCUGCUGCUGGGUCGCAUUCUUUGUGAUGAGCACGCACACACACCCAUGGUGGUGACUUAGUUCGAAGAAAAGAGGCUUCAAUAGCUCCCCGCAUGUUUCCCCGCUAGGAGAAAUCAUGGUUCUAGGAAAGAGCGAGAGACUCAAAGCGAUAUUGAUUCCGAGAGAAAGUUCCCGAAGAUCUCAACAAUGGAACAGCAACCGAAUCGAGGACGGGGCCGCGGAACGCGUGGUGCUCCAGGUGCCGCUGGUGGUCAACCGAACUGGAAACAGGGUGGUGGUGAUGGUGGUGGUGGUCGACCGGGCCCGUCCCAACCCCGGCAACCGCAUUCUGCCGCGCCCCAGCAGCCAAGUACAUCCCGAGGCGCGGGUGUUGCUGCUGCAGCAGAUGCAAACCCACAAGCAGCGACGACGGUAAGGACGGUUCCGCGUGGUGGUGGCGGCGGCGGCAAUGGUGGCAGCGGAGGCGGCGAUACCGGCGCACUGGGCCGUGGAGCGAUGCGAGGAUCACGUUACGUGCCGGAGGUGGUCAUAACGCGCCGUGCUAACGCACCCUCGAAGCAGGGUGCCUCUGGCACGAAGCUGGUCGUAAAGACCAACUAUUUCCGUCUGACGCGCAAAAACAAAGAUUCGAUCUUCCAGUACCGUGUCGAUUUUGAGCCAACGGUGGAGGAUACGCGCGUCAUGCAGGCACUGAUCCGCACGCAGGGCCCCGUCAUUGGGCCGUACAUCUUCGACGGUACGUUGCUGUUCCUGUACAACAAGCUGCGCUUGGAGGAGGUAGAUCUGCAGGUGAAGGAUCCGCGCACGGACGCGCUGUACAAGGUGAAGAUACGUCACGUCGGUACGGUGGACAUGACGUCCGAGAAGGCGUUCAUGAUACUGAACCUGAUGCACCGGCAGGCGAUGGGCAGCCUGAAGCUGCUGCUCAUCAAUCGCCAUUUCUUCGAUCCGGAAGCGAAAAUCACCAUCCCGCAGUAUGGGCUGGAGCUGUACCCCGGGUACGUUACCUCCAUCCGGCAGCACGAGCAGGACAUACUGCUGUGCGUGGACGUGACGCACCGUGUGCUGCGCACGGACACGUGCUACAAGAUGUUGCAAACCGUGCAGCGCCAGCCGGGCUCCUUCAGGGACAACUUCCGCAAGCAGGUCCUCGGUGCACAGGUCAUGUCGGUGUACAAUCAGAAGAUGUACAAAAUUUGCGACGUCGACUUUAACGUGUCGCCCUCGUCGUCGUUCAGCACGAAGGACGGUUCGUCCAUUACGUUCAUGGACUACUACAAGAAGCAGUACAACAUCACGAUCCGCGACCCGAAACAACCGAUGCUGGUAUCGAUGCCGAGCGAGCGGAUGGCACGCAUCGGGAUAACGUCCCCGAUACUGCUCGUGCCGGAGCUGUGCCGCUUGACGGGCAUCACCGACGAGAUGCGGCGCGACUUUCACCAGAUGCGUGCGAUCGCGGACCACACCCGCAUCGGGGCGGACAAGCGCAUCCAGCGGCUGGAGCGCUUCAACGAGCGGCUCCAGAGUACGCCCGCCAGCCGGGAAGUGUUUCAGUUCUGGAAGACGGAGCUGGAACGCCGGCUGGUCGAGGUGCCGGCCCGCACGCUGCGCCAGGAGUCGAUUCUGUUCCGGCUGGAUGGGGACGCGGUACCGUCCGGCCCGGAAGCCGACUGGGGCCAGGCGUUGCACCGGAACCAGAUGUUCAAAUCGGUGCCGCUGCACCGCUGGUACGUGGUGUGCGAGCGGGGCAAGGAGAGCAUGGCCAAGGAUUUCCUCGGUUGCGUCAUGCAGGCUGCCCGUGGCAUGAGCUUCAAGGUUUCGGAGCCGAGACUUGCCACGGUGCAGAACGAUUCAGGCAACGCGUACGUAAAUGUGCUGACCGAGCUGCUGAACGAGGACCUGCAGCUGGUGAUGUGCAUCGUGCCGAACGACCGGGCCGACCGGUACAGCGUGAUCAAGCGCAAGUGCUGCGUCGAUCGGGCGCUCCCGUGCCAGGUGAUCAAGCUGCGCACGAUCACACCGAAGAACGGGAACGUGCGCACGCUCAUGUCGGUGGCGACGAAGGUCGUCAUCCAGCUGAACUGCAAGCUCGGCGGCAUUCCGUGGAUGGUGCGGAACCCGCUCAGCACCGCCAUGGUGGUAGGCUUUGACGUGUGUCACGAUACGCACGACCGGUCCAAAUCGUACGGCGCGAUGGUGGCGACCAUGUACGCGUCGAAGCAGACCGAACCGAAGUACUUCUCCACCAUCGAACCGCACACGCGGGGCGAAGAGCUGUCCAACUUUAUUGCCAACGGUGUCGGCAAAGCGCUGCGCUCGUACCAGGCCUCGUUCGGCGCGGGCACCCUGCCGCGCCGCAUCCUCGUCUACCGGGACGGCGUCGGCGAUGGGCAGCUGCGCGGUGUGGUGGACUUCGAGGUGAAGAAGAUCAAGCAGCGCCUGCUGGAGGUGUACGCGAACGUGCAGGACUUCAAGCCGCAGCUGUCGGUGAUUGUGGUGAGCAAGCGGAUCAAUACGCGCCUCUUUAUGGCCGACCGCAAUCCGCCGCCCGGCACGAUCGUGGAUGAUAUCAUCACGCUGCCGGAACGGACCGAUUUCUUCCUGAUCUCGCAAACCGUACGCCAGGGCACGGUUUCACCUACCUCGUACAACGUGGUGCACGACGAGAGUGGUCUGACCGCGGACCAGCUGCAGGUGUACACCUCCAAGCAGACCCAUCUGUACUACAACUGGUGCGGUACGAUUGCGGUGCCGGCCGUUUGCCAGUACGCCCACAAGCUGGCCUUCCUCACCGCCCAGUACCUGCACAAUCAGCCCCACCAGCAACUGGAAAACCGACUCUACUAUCUGUAGAGAGGGAGGGAGGGAGGGAGGGAGGGAG